AUGUCAAUCAGACCGCAAUUGAAACUUCCGGUAAUCGCCUUAGUCACAACCUUGGCCCUCACGACUUUCAUGGUGGCGUGUGGCGGGGCUGAGGAGACUACCGCCCCGGUUUCGCAGGCAACUGCGGCUCCUCAGGUGGACGCACCCACCAACACUCCGGUGGUGCGGGCGACCAAUACGCCGGCAGCAAGCGGCGCCCUACCCACCCCGACGCAGCGCGCGUCCGUGCUCCAGGCUACGCCCAGGCCAACUGCCGUGCCAACCCAACAGGAAGGAGAGUUGGUUACGGACCGGCUCGUCAUUGUGCUGGAUCCACCGUCACUGGAAUCGAUGUUGGACUGCGAGGUGACCGGUUCGGGCGUGGUGAAUUACCGGAUGUCCAUGGAAUUCAUGGUCGACGCGAAUCGUUAUGACGGUGAGUACGAACCGACGCUGGCUACGGAAUGGAGCAUUUCAGAUGAUGGAAUGAUCUGGAAUUUCAAACUGCGCCAGGGCGUGCAAUGGCAUGACGAUUGGGGCGAGUUCACCGCCCGGGAUGUGCAACAUUCUCUUGCCUACUACACCAAUCCCGAAUGUCGUGCUUCCUAUUCGGACUAUUUCCGGUCCAAUCCGGGUGCGGCUGUGGAAGUGGUGAACGACUACGAGUUGAACAUGGCCAUGCAGAAGCGCCCCGCCGUGGACUUUGUCUAUUGGCUCUCCGGCUUCCGCGGCAUGCCCAUCAGCAGCAAGGCCCAGUGGGACCAAUCCUGCCCUAAUGGUCAGGCAGACUAUGGAAACAACGCAGCAGGCCUUGACUUGGGUUACUGCCUGGAGAGCCGGGACCUUGUGGCGGAAAAAUCAGCUCGAACCGGCCCCUACGAAUACGUGAGCUUCGAAGAGGGCGUCGGCUGGCAAUGGAAGCGUGUCGACUACGACCACUGGCGCGUGAAUCCUGAUUUCGCCGAAAUCGAGAUCAAGGACGUUCGGGAACCGGCCACCCGCCUGGCGAUCAUGCAGGCUCGGGAGGCUCACAUCGGGUCGGUAAACCGGGCGCUGUUGCAGGACGCGAUAGAUGAUGGCCUUGAAGUGGUCGACUCAUCGGUUACGGCCACCAUGGCUUGGGCAAUCUUUGGUGGUUUGUACUACUCCACGGGCGAAACGCCAGAAGGGUACGUGGAGGAAUACGAUAUCGUGGGCCAUCGGGACGAAGAAUUGCCGUGGAGCAUUCCUGGCGAAACGGGGCGCACUGUUCGCAUCGCCAUGAACAAGGCGAUCGACCGCGAGGCUAUCAACGAAGCCAUCUUUGGAGGCGCCGGCGAACACCAUUGGAUCGGCGGCAUCGUGCCCGACUUCCCGGCCGGAUACAACCCGGCAUGGGAAGACAAGUGGGACGAAUAUUACGGCUAUGACCCCGAGGCCGCGAAACAGUUGCUGGCCGAGGCUGGGUUCCCCAACGGGUUCUCGUUCCGAGUGAUUUCGUACCCCCUGGGCGGAGUUCCUGAGAUCCCGGACAUGCUGGAGGCGAUGUCCGCGUACUGGUCUCAGAUCGGGCUGGAGCCGGUGAUCGAACCCAUCGAGUUCUCCAACUGGCGAAACGAGUAUCGCGGCCUUAACACCGACUGCUGCAUCUACCCGCACCGCGGUCCGGCCGCGCCCAUCGACACCCGCGUCCACUUUUACUACAGCGCGGAACGCUUCUUCCGCAUGUACACCAGCGACGACAUCCAGAAUUACAAGGAACAAGCUCUCAGGGCGUUGAAUGAGGCAGACGGCACUCAUUUGUGGCAGAAGGUCUCGGAUGAGAUAUACGAGCAGGUUGGCGUGAUACCGGGUUGGACACUUCCCAUCAGCGCCACCAUUGACCCCGAUGUCGUGGCCGAGUAUGUCUUCCUUGGCCCCAAUAACGGGACAUUCAUCUACCUGGAAUACGUGAAGGGCGUGCGUGAAUAG